AUGACACACAUUCGUUUUUUCAGUUGGUUUCUAACAGCAUGCAGUGCCCAGCAGCCCAAAGACCAUGAUGACUUACCUCUCAUCAAGGCUAGAGCAAUUUCGACACAAUCUUCCUUCAAGUAUCAUAAUACUACCGCUGUGUCUGCACAGUCCACCUCCCUGCCUUUGCCCACUUUAACGCCCACGGCUACCUCAUCCGCCCCAGCUCCAACUGUUACUGUAAAGAAUGGUGAUUCAGUCGAUGUCCCCAUCGGGGCCGUAGUUAUUGGGGGUGUUGGAGGAGGUUGGUUCGUCGUCGGCGGUGUGAAACAACCGAUUGCAGCUGGCGCAACCACCAUCGCCGGGUCUCUGCCGAGCAAUGAUACCCCCGAGGACCCCGAUCCUGAAAAAGAGAACCCAUCAGCCGGUCCAAGUCAGCCCACAACACCAGGAGCAACGGUAACAGCCACAACAACUACUAGUACUGCGCCGCCGGCGACCUCGAGCAAUCCAGGUACCACUGCUUACAUCAUUUAUCCUAAAGACGCAUCUCCUAAAGAAGACCGAGACGGUUUCUACUACACUCUUGCAAAGUUAGUGGGAGAGGCGAACAUCGACUCGGUAUUAGAUGAAAAUGAUGUGCCGAUCGCCUGGCUCGCACCUUUAACGGCACAGCAGCUCACCCAAGUGGAUGCGGAUCGCGUUGUUGCCGCUACUCAGCCCAACGCCGGGUCUUACUCAGACGUCGAUUCCGACCCGGAUAAUGUCCCUGAUUCGACCUCCGAGUCAUCUGCGACCGUAUCCCAACAAAAGAGGGCUCUGGCCUCAGUGGCACCGACAGAACAGAAUAAUAUCCUAGACCUUCGUAUGCUCGCAACACCGCCAGGGGAGACAACCUUGCCAAACUACAUCUACGACGACGCCGCCGGAGAGGGUAUAACUAUUUAUGUUAUCGACGUCGGCCCUGUCAUCACUCAUCAGGAGUUGAUUCCACCGGAGCCCCAUAUCACGCGGCGAGAAAUCGACAAGACGUGGAAUGUGAGGCGGCUAUCUGUUAAAGAUGUUCAACACGGCACCUGUGCAGUUUCAAAAACGGUGGGGAGGACGACUGGCUCGGCGAAGCGUGCCAACCUCGUUGUGGUGCGCGUGAGCUUAGACCCGUUUAGCAUGUCCAAGGGUUGGCAGGCCGUACGUGACGACAUCAAGGCGAAGGGACUGCAAGGGAAAGCUGUUCUCAGCACCUCGACUGGAGGCUGGCUUGCAGAAUCCGCGGAUGAAAAUGAUAAGGAGGGUAUGUAUAGCAUGUACCGCACAUUGAUAAGAGGCAUCACCCGGUUAGACGUGCCUAUCGUCUGCGCUGCGGGUAACGACGCAAAGAAGGGAAUCAUGGAGCCACAUUCAAUGCCAGCCCUCCUAUCUCGCGAGAUGCCCAUAAUCGUGGUGGGAUCUACUGACCGAGAAGGCAAGCCAACUACUUUCAGCCAGCGAGGAGACUUGGUGACCACCUGGGCGCUCGGCUUGGACGUCAAUUGCCCGGACACCAGGAACCUCAAAGACCUUACUAAACUAAGGCCUAUGAACGGGACAUCCUUUUCUGCCCCAUUGGUGGCCGGUGUUGUUGCUGUUUGGAUGUCACAGAAGAACGUGGUUUUCCGCAAGGGAAAGGUGGCUCAAGACGCCCGCGACCGGGUUGUAGAAUAUUCGUAUAAGCGAGGCGACAGUCCUGAACAUAUGGCCAUGGUCUGGAACGGAUGGAAUGCUUGUCCAUCCGAGCCGCAAGGACAAGGAAAUCGAAGAAGAAAGCGUCAGGAUGGUAAAGCCUGCUCAUAUGUCCAGUCGGCGACAGGAUCAGCGCAGCCCACGGCGACUUCAUCGGGGAGUCUCAACCGCAACCCAACAACUACUACGGCAGCUCCAGCGAAGACAACGGCUGCCGAUCCCAAAUGCGGAAUUUGUGGAACUCAGAAUGGGAACGUAUACGGAGGACGAGUUGGUUGCGAAAGUGCUGACUGGGCGCGUCAAUCUUGUGAAUCUGACCCCGGCUGCGCAUCCUGGGCCUUUGGUACGGAGGAUAGAUCGACGUACCAAAUCGCAUGGUGCGGGUUUUAUGAUACUCCCGCAGAGCAAGUGGCUUCGGCAGCACCAGACUCGGAUGGCAAGUGUGCUUUCAAGUACUCAGACAAGGGUUGCAAGCCUUGA